UCUUUAUUUCUCUGUGUGAGCAAGAAGAGAAGCAACAGAGUUUCCAUUACCAACAGUUCCAACUCCCGUGGAAGCUUCUCACUGUCUCUCCAUCGCAGAAGAAGAAGAAGAAGAAGAAGAAAGCCAUGUCAGACACUCAGUGCUGUGAGAACCCUCCGACACUGACCUCCACGAGUGUCGGAAUUGGAUGUGUCGCAGAGAUCGGAGGCUUGAAAGCUUACAUCACCGGCCCCCCUGAUUCCAAGCUAGCCGUCGUCCUCGUCUCCCACGUUUUCGGUUAUGAAGCACCAAAGCUGAGGAAGCUUGCGGACAAGGUGGCCUCUCACGGAUUCUAUGUGGUGGUUCCAGACUUCUUCUAUGGAGAUCCCUAUGUACCUGACAAUCCUGAGAGACCUAUUGCAGUCUGGAGACAAUCUCAUGGAACUGAUAAAGGAUUUGAAGAUGCCAUAAGAAUUGUUUCUGCACUGAGAAGUGAAGGUGUGUCUGCCAUUGGAGCUGCAGGAUUUUGCUGGGGUGCAAAGGUGGUUGUGGAACUAGGGAAGUCUGAUCACAUUCAAGCUGCAGUGCUGCUACACCCUUCACGAGUCACUGUGGAUGAUAUUAAGGAGGUCAAGGCUCCCAUUGCCGUAUUGGGCGCUGAGCACGACAAAAUGUCUCCACCAGAGCUGCUCAAGCAGUUCGAGGAGAUCUUAUCCGCUAAACCCGAGGUUGAUGGGUAUGUCAAGAUAUUUGCUGGGGUGGAGCAUGGUUGGACUGUGAGGUAUAAAGACGAAGAUGAAGUGGUGGUGAAGUCCGCUGAAGAAGCCCAUAAGGACAUGCUGGACUGGUUCACUAAGCACUUGAAGUGAAGAUGAACUUGGUCACCUCCUACUGCCUCUAC